AUGUCGAAGGUUUCCUUUAAGAUCACACUGACGUCGGACCCGCAGCUGCCGUACAAAGUACUCAGUGUUCCCAAAAGUACACCUUUUACAGCAGUCUUAAAGUUUGCAGCAGAAGAAUUUAAAGUUCCUGCAGCAACAGGUGCAGUUAUUACCAAUGAUGCAAUAGGAAUAAAUCCUGCACAGACUGCUGGAAAUGUUUUUCUAAAGCACGGUUCAGAACUGCGAAUAAUUCCUAGAGAUUGUGUUGGAAGUUGUUAAUAUCUGCUGCUUGGAACAUAAAAUCCUCUUCCAGAAUAAAUAUUGGUAUUUUUAUUGUUGUAAAAUUGGAGUCAGGCAUUUGAAAUCCUAUGAAAACACCAAUAGUUGAUGAAGUAAU